AUGCACGGAGGUGCCGCUGCGCCUCUGUGGCGGCUGAAGGUCAUCAACGGCUGCCAACGCAAUGAUGACCUGCUGCUUCCGGUGGUGCCGCAGUCGUCGCUGCUGCGGCCGUUCUAUACCCACUGGCGCGACGAGGACGAGGAGCGCCAGAGCGCGAGACGCCCCGCUGAGGCGACGUCGGCGUCGGGCAGCCGCCCCGACGGCGCGACGACGCGGAAGUCGAAGAAAAAAAAGAUGAAGUCGUCCGCAGCCCGCCGUUGCACGAUCGCCCCACGCGACUGGCUUAAGCGAAUCCCGCACCUCGUCUUGGGGCGCCACACGUGUCUUCCGCGGCCAUGUCGGCUGCGGCACGCCUGCGUGAGUCGGCUGCACUGCCGCGUGGUGUACGUGGGCGACGCUGCCACGCACAGGCAGCUGCUGUCAAAAUAUCCUGCUGCAGCUCGCGGAGACGCGGCGGGUGCCACACGCGCCAGCGCCGAGGCGAAGGAGGGCGAGGCGAGCCUCUUCACGGGGCCGUACUACCGCCUGAUCAACUUUGGCGCCAACCCGCUCUACGUCAAUGAAAAGCCGCUGCCCGCCGGCGAGAGUAGGGCGCUGCGCGAGCACGACUUUGUAGCCUUUCUGGAGAACCCCUUUGAUGCGGAGGCCGGCGUGCUGCACCCGCUGCAGCCCGCGGAAGCCGCCGCGACAGCAAACGACGCUAACGCGACAGGGCCGAUAGACGCCACAGACGGGCAGGAGCCGGGAGCCACUGCGCCCACCGCCCGUGCCCUGUUUGGCAGCGCGAGCACCGCAACUGCGGCGGGGGAGGCAUCCGCGCCGGCAUGCGGUUUAGAGGCCAGCGAAGGGGCAUGUGUUCCCCCGCUCUUCGUGGAGGUCAACGGGGUUCGCCUUGCACGCUACCGGCCGCGGUGUGUCCCGCCUGACGUCCUUCAGCGCCUCGGCGCGGCAGCUGCCACCCUAUCUGGCGGUGCGGCCACGCCAGCGCGACGUCCGCAGUUCGCCGUGGAACACAACCGCCUUCUGGCGGGCCUGACGAGCGAGCCGGGUGGUCGCCGUCUCCCCGAUGCUGAGGCGAAGGUGAGCGUCGUGGCGGAGUUGAAGAGCCCGGCGCAGCAGUUCGGCUGCGCUGCUGCCACGGCGGCCCUCGCGGAGAAGAGUGCGGGCUGUUCCACACCACCACCGAAGUGCCCCGCGGCUGACGAGGCGCCAGCGGGGCGGGGAGGACACAACACCGUGGCGGAAGCGGCGGAGGACGACGAGGGCGCUGACAUCGUCGGCGACGUCGUCUCGCCGCUGCGGCAGCGACUGGUGUCAUCGCCUCGGCGCGGCGGCAGCAGUCGCGCCUCCAGGACGCCCGAAGCAAAGGGCUGCCGUGCCGCCGCCAGCGGCCACGCAGCAUGCGGUGGGGAAGUGGAUCCAACCGCGGCAAUGCCGCCGCCGUUCACCGUCGUUCCACCGCGGCUGCCCGUCUACGUCUUUGCGCGGCGCAGCCCGAGUCCUGAGGAGUUUACGCGUCAAGCCCCGUCCAUUGGCCGCUUCAGGCCGCGGCUGCCGAGAGGAAACGAGGAAGAGGAGGCGAAGAAGCGUCGCGCCGCCGCGGACGCCGCAGGCACCCCGUCCCAGACGGAGCUGGCGAUGACGGAGUGGGUACAGGAGCAUCCGGCAGAGGCGACGACGCCGCAGCACCGUCGCGGGCGCGCCAAACGAAGUCGCAAGCGACGACGCGGCGAUCGCUAG